AAAAAGGCAUAACUAUUUUGGGAGAUGAUCCAGCAAGCUCAUCGACCAUAGAUGUAUUUCGGUAUCCCAAAAGUUAAAACAUAAAAAGCUUAAUUCGAGAGAAAUACCGAAACAACAUAUUCGAAAAGUUCAAUUCUCACACCCAGCCCCACAGUUUCAGGGUUUUCUGUCAUUAAUUUGGGUAUGCAAUUUUGAAUUUGUGUUGAGGAAGUGCUUAAAUUUGGAAGGGAUCUUGGUUUUUCUUAGCAUUCUUAGCUACAGCUGUGAGGCUGUAGUUUGAGAUUUGCUAAAAUGUAUAGGGCUGUGCCUACGGCAACAGCCACGACUCGGGGGGGAUCACCAACCGAUAGUGUCGACUAUGUUGUUAGUUUGGAUCAAGUUCCAAGAUGGAGUGACGCUGAGCAUAGGACUUCUCUGGAAUUUGAGAAUGAGGAUCCUUCAUUUUCUAAUUCAUACUUCCCUGAUCCAUUGACGUCUUCAUCUGGGGCAGAGGCUGGCAGCAAUGGUAUGGUUUCCAGGUUUCCUGUUGAUCAUGAAAUUAACUCUAAGAUAUAUCUUUGGAGAGGGAAUCCAUGGAAUCUAGAAGUUGAUGCUGUUGUGAACUCUACUAAUGAGAACUUGGAUGAAGCACACAGCAGUGCUGGCUUGCAUGCUGCAGCUGGACCUGGUCUUGGAGAAGAAUGUGCUACAUUGGGUGGUUGUCGAACAGGAAUGGCAAAGGUUACUAAUGCUUAUGACCUUCCUGCAAGGAGGGUUAUCCAUACUGUUGGGCCAAAGUAUGCAGUCAAGUACCAUACUGCCGCAGAGAAUGCUCUGAGUCAUUGCUAUCGUUCCUGCCUUGAACUUCUUAUCGAACAUGGCUUACAAAGCAUUGCAACAGGCUGCAUAUAUACAGAGGCUAAGAACUAUCCUCGUGAACCAGCUGCCCAUGUUGCUAUAAGGACUGUUCGUCGGUUUCUUGAAAAGCAGAAAGAUAAAAUCAAGGCUGUUGUUUUUUGUACUACUACCUCAACUGAUACAGAGAUUUAUAAAAGAUUGCUUCCACUUUACUUCCCUCGAGAUAAACAUGAGGAGGAAGUUGCUAUUUCUAAACUACCUGCAGAUGUUGGAGAUGAAAAUGGUGAGACAAUUAUCGAUGAACGUAAAAUCAGGAUAAAGCCUUUGCCAAAAAAGAGCAUUCUAAAGCCUCCUGAGGCUCCGGUUGAUCUUCCAGUCAGUGAUGUUGGCUUGGUACGAAGGAAUUCAUCAUAUUUGGAUACUUUCCUGGAUCCUGCCUUCAUGUCCUUAAUAAAAGAUCCAGAUCAGAGACGUAAAGAACAAUGGGAAAAAACUGCUCAAGCACGAAGUGGAUGGAAUUGUGCUAAAAUGCUUGGAUUUGGCGACCUUGGUGGACCUCCAUUGUCUGCUGCCGAAGAAUACUCACUUCAUUCACGAUAUCUUGCCAAGGCAAAUUCUCUUAAUCUUUCAGAGAUUGCAGAGAUGAAAAUUGUCUACCGUGGUGGGGUUGACAGUGAGGGUCGUUCUGUGAUGGUUGUCGUGGGAGCACAUUUUCUGCUGCGAUGUCUUGACUUGGAGCGAUUUGUACUUCAUGUAGUUAAGGAAUUUGAGCCUUUGAUACAAAAGCCUUAUAGCAUUGUAUACAUUCACUCAGCAGCAUCUUUACAGAUUCAGCCAGACCUUGGAUUUAUCAGAAGAUUACAGCAAAUACUUGGUCGGAAGAGUCAGCGCAAUCUGCAUGCAAUUUAUGUCCUCCACCCAACCUUUGGGCUGAAGGCUGCCGUAUUUGCUUUGCAAUUGCUUGUUGACAAUGUGGUUUGGAAGAAAGUAGUGUACGUUGAUCGCCUUCUUCAGCUUUUCAGAUAUGUUCCCCGUGAGCAAUUGACCAUCCCUGACUUUGUUUUCCAGCACGAUUUAGAAGUGAAUGGAGGAAAAGGUCUUAUUGUGGAUCCCCGAACAAAGUAUGUAUAUCAUCGACCAUAGCAAAGAACAUGAACACCCUGCAUUUCGGGGAUAAAGCAGGCCCGUGGACUGCUAUUGUUUUGGCGUUCUUUUUUUCUUUCGAUAAUUUAUUGUGUAGGUGGAAUUGGGAGUGAAUUGUUUGUGAAUGUUGUAGAAUAAUGUUGUCCUUCCUUACUGGUGUUUCUCUUGCAUAAAUCUUUCAGUGUCUAAAUUAAUUACAAACGACAUUCUUUCUACUUGUAUCAUCUUUGAUGGUUUCUCAAUAAAAGAAAUGCAAGCUUGUGAAGGCUUUCUUUGUGAAA